UAGGUUCUGGUAGCGGGUGACCGGCGGGGAGGAAGCGGCCUGGGUUGGCCCCUCAGAUUGCCGGGCCUCAGGGGCGUCCGGUCCGGCACCCCGUGGCCCACCUACACGAGGCCCUCCCCGGGCCAGAGCAAUGGCCGCCGAGAACAGCAAGCAGUUUUGGAAGAGGAACGCCAAGCUGCCGGGGAGCAUCCAGCCUGUGUAUGGAGCACAGCACCCUCCUCUGGAUCCUCGGCUCAGCAAAAACUUCAUUAAAGAACGGUCAAAAGUCAACGCAGUUCCUCUGAAGAAUAAGAAGGCCUCCAGUUUUCAUGAGUUUGCCCGGAAUACCAGUGAUGCUUGGGACAUUGGCGACGAUGAGGAAGAGGACUUUUCCUCACCUUCCUUCCAAACUCUAAACUCAAAAGUUGCUUUGGCAACCGCAGCCCAAGUCCUAGAAAAUCACAGCAAGCUGAGAGUAAAACCAGAACGGUCGCAGUCCACGACAUCUGAGGCUUCCGUUAACUACAAGGUCAUCAAGUCCAGCAGCGAUGCCCAACUGUCCAGAAACUCCAGUGACACGUGCCUAAGGAACCCACUCCACAAACAGCAGUCACUCCCUCUCCGACCCAUCAUUCCCCUCGUUGCCCGCAUCUCAGACCAGAACGCUUCUGGGGCCCCGCCAAUGACAGUCCGUGAGAAAACCCGUCUGGAAAAGUUCCGCCAGCUUCUCUCCAGCCACAACACUGACUUAGAUGAACUGAGGAAGUGUAGCUGGCCAGGGGUUCCCAGGGAGGUGCGGCCUGUAACCUGGAGACUCCUGUCGGGCUAUCUCCCUGCAAACACAGAGAGGAGGAAGCUGACGCUGCAGCGGAAGCGGGAGGAGUAUUUUGGCUUCAUCGAGCAGUAUUAUGACUCUCGGAAUGAGGAGCAUCACCAGGAUACCUACAGACAGAUUCACAUUGACAUUCCGAGGACGAAUCCUCUCAUUCCAUUGUUCCAGCAGCCACUUGUGCAGGAGAUCUUUGAAAGAAUUCUCUUUAUUUGGGCCAUCCGACAUCCUGCCAGUGGGUAUGUCCAGGGAAUUAAUGACCUGGUCACUCCGUUCUUUGUCGUCUUCCUCUCAGAAUAUGUGGAGCGCUGCACUCUGUCCACCUUCUGUUUUGCAGAAGAGGAUGUGGAGAACUUUGAUGUGACCAACUUGUCUCAGGACAUGCUGCGCAGCAUUGAGGCUGACAGUUUCUGGUGCAUGAGCAAGCUGCUGGACGGGAUCCAGGAUAACUACACCUUUGCACAGCCAGGGAUUCAGAAGAAGGUCAAGGCCCUGGAAGAGCUCGUCAGCCGGAUUGAUGAGCAGGUGCAUAAUCACUUCAGGAGGUACGAGGUCGAAUACCUGCAGUUUGCCUUCCGCUGGAUGAACAACCUGUUGAUGCGGGAGCUUCCGCUUCGCUGCACCAUCCGCCUGUGGGACACUUACCAGUCUGAGCCAGAAGGGUUCUCUCAUUUUCAUCUCUAUGUGUGUGCUGCCUUCUUGAUCAAGUGGAGGAAGGAGAUCCUGGACGAAGAGGACUUUCAGGGUCUGCUCAUGCUGCUGCAGAACCUGCCAACGAUACACUGGGGCAACGAAGAAAUCGGGCUGCUGCUGGCUGAGGCCUACAGACUCAAGUACAUGUUCGCCGACGCCCCCAAUCACUACCGCCGAUAGGUGCUGUCUCCGCCUGGGGACCCAGACUGCCCCAUCUCUGAUAGCAAUCUGAUCACUGUGGCCAUGGCGCGAGCCGCGAACCCCGGCCAGGAACCACUCGUGCUGUACAAAGCUCCCAGCCUCUGCCCAGGUCUUAACUUGCCUGGUGUCCAGCACUCCACGUCUCUGGAGGCGCCUUUUGGACCACUGUCAGUAUUCCAUGGCAUGCGGGGAAGGCCGGAAAAGGAGGUACAGGGUUGUCUGCCCCUUCACAGUGAACCGGAUGAAAGAAGGGGAAGGGCUCAGGGUCCCCACUCUCACUGUCCCUACACGGACUAACUGGCCGUGUGUCUUGCCUCCAGGCCCCCAGCUGAUUGUUUUUUUUGUAACUUGAUAAGAUUUGAUCACAAGGCAGAAACACCCUUGUUUUCAUAAGACUACCAGCCCCUUAAGACUCUCCCUAACCCUCCGCCUGCUGCCCUGGCCUGAGUCGGGUAGGGGCAGCCUCUUAGCCCAUGGUUCUCAGAUGGAGGAACGUGGACGCCUGGGAGUUCUGGGUGAGGCCUGCACCCCAGGGCCAGUGUGUGCAUCAUGCCAUCCCUCCACUUCUUGUCACAUGUCUGGUUCCCCAUAUCCUCUCCAGUCCUGACUGGCCCAGCUGGGAAGGGCCACAGGGGCCGAACUGGCCGAGCCUCCCUCAAGAGGGAUCAGGGCAGGAGGGAGAAGGGGCUCCUUCCCUCUCCAAACCUUUUUCCAUGAGGACCCACUCCAAGAUAUUAUGUGUAAAUUGUGUUAUUAUGUAUAUGGGUAAAGAUGUACAAAUAUAUGUCCUCUUUGUAGCAGAUAUGAUUUUAUAUUUAUAAUGUGCAUCAACAUGUGAUCGCAGCGUAGGUUACGGGCACAGAAGGUGCCCACGGGGCCACUGGGACUCUGUGUAAGGUGCCAGGGUACCCUGCAUGGAGGUGUGAAUGUGGCUGGGAAGGGAGCAGCUUUGGACACUGGCUGCAGCCCCUCCCGUUCUUCCCGGACCUUGCUGGAGCAUCUGCCCUGCUGUCUGUGGCACAGACUCCCCACCCCCACCCUGCCCAGACCGUCACCACAGCAGCCUCCCCCUGAAGGGACCAUGGAGGCAGAAGCAAGUUUCUGGCCCUGCCCCUCCACUCAGAAUCCAGGGAGCACAUUCGACUUAACAUGUUUUGGGUCAACAUGGAAUUCAGAACAGAAGUUGUGGUUUGACUGGUCUUUGCCAAGGCCAAGGCUGCCUGUGUCCCCGGGCUGGGGCUUUUCUCACAGCAGCAUUCCAUGUCCCCUGCUGCCACCAUCGCUCCCCACACAGCCCGUGACGCGUGUGACCCCUGCUUGGUUUUGCUGUUGGGAGGUGGAACAGCACCUAUCACCCUGCAGGGCUGCAUCCCCAGCAGGAGACACCCUCAAGUUUGCCAACAGAGGAACCCCAGCCCCACCCACAACCCUGUGGCAAGAUCAGGGUCCCACCCAGAGCCGUCUCUCAGGCAUCCCCUCUGCCCACCCUUCUCCCCGAGUCGGUGUGCCUCAGUAGUCCCCUCUACAUGGGGUGGGGGGACAGGGAGCCUCCUUCAUCCAAACUAAUUAAAGACAAACACUUGUGUUCCCAAGUGGUGGUUUUAUUUUUUUAGUUUUUAUGUUUGUAUGGGAAAUUGUGGAUAAAGUGAAAGAAUUGUAAAUAAACAGUGUAUUUCCUCCUCCA